GAUAGAUAGAUAGAUAGAUAGAGAGAGACACACACACACACACACACACACACACAGAGCAGUCAGAGAUGGAUAAGUUUAAGACGGUUCUGAACAUUGCCAACACACAGGCCAAUCUCGGUUUUGGGGUGGUUGCCUUGCUCACAGCUGGGGGGGAACACAUCUUCUCCUCAGUGAUAUUCCAGUGUCCCUGCAAUCAGCUCAACUUCCUCUACGGCAUGGUGUUCCUUCUGGUGCCCGCUCUGGCUCUGCUGCUGAUGGGUUACAUCCUAAGUAAGAAGACGUGGAAGCUAUUCACUGGUCUGUGUUACCGCAGGGCCCAGCUGUGCCGCUGGAGGAAGCUGGCAGCCGCUGGGAACAUUCUCUUUCAGAUUAGCACCAUCGCCCUGGUGGCGCCUUCCACCUGGAUCGCUGUGGCUCUGCUCAAUGGGAUCUACUUUGAGUGUGCGAUGACCGGGAUCAAUGUGAAGGCUUACAGAAAGCAGCUGUGUGAAGAGAAUGGCUCUCUGGUAGAGUGUCAGAAGAAGCUUUACAGCUUACCCUGCAAGAGAGACAAUGGGGAGGUCCUCCUCACCCUGAAGGCUGUGUCUCAGAUUCUGGGUUGGCUGCUCAUUGCCUUGAUCAUGUUGUCCAACCUACUGCUGACCUGUGUGGCUCGGUGCACCUCCCCCAUCAGCUACCUGCAGCUCAAAUUCUGGAGGGUGUAUGCUCAGGAGGAGUGCAAUAUGUUCGAGUCUUACACCACUAAGCAUGCUAGAGAGCUUGCUGAGAGGAAUGUGAAGAGUUUCUUCAAUCAGACUCCACCUGAAAACAUCAUCACCUGUUCCAACAGGGACUGGGAGAAGAUCUCCUCCCUCUACAAGUUCUGCACCAAAGAUCAUUACUAUAGCACCUUGCACCGCUAUGUGGAGAACUGCCAGGAGACUGACAAUGGGAUGAUGAGGAUGGUGUCAAUCAAGUCAAGUGAACCUACUGAUGAUAACCCUGCUGUUCUUAAUUUUGUAGAUGAAGGCAGGAUGGUGUUGUAAGUUUUUUUCAGGAUUGUCUGUGUUAUUAUGUGUUCACACAUAAAAUGAAGCGUUACUUUCAGGGCUGUUCAUGUUUACUUACUCAAUCUGUCUAGAUACUUGUGACUUAAUUGCAGUAAACAGAUCAAAAGCAUUAUUGAUGUGUGUCAGAGGUGAGAAAUAGGUGUGUCCCUUUAACCAGUUGACCAGCACCAAAUUUUGACCUGAUGAUGGGACUAGAUUUCAGUUAAAGGAUCACCAGAGUGAUUACAUUCUAGCCUGAGGGGAACAUGAAUAUCUGAACUUCAUGAUGGUGCUGAAUGAAAAGUCCCAGGAACAUGAAAAUCAUGAAGAACCACAAAUGUCUGGACAAAACGUUACUGCAAUACAUUAAAUAGUUGUUUAGAUAUUUCACCCUAAACCAAAGUUGGGGACUGACCAACAUGUUAUCCACAAAGCCAUACUACUGACAAAACCAGACAGCUGAAACCUGGAAGUUGGACAGUAUAGCAUAUAUUUCUGCAGGUCUUAUGAAAACAAAAGGACAAAUCACAUCAAAUCACUAACCACAGGACACCAACACUUAAAUCCAAAAAACCUUUCAGUGAACAAAAGAAAGAUAUAUAGGUUCACAGGAGAGGGCUGUGACAAGACUGCAAAUAGAUGAGUGACAUCCACUUAACAUCAGCAACAGUGAAGUACAGUGUUCAUGUGCAUCUAAUGACCUGUUUACUGUGUGUGUGUGGGCUGAAACCACUUCCUGUUCACUGCUGGCAGAUUCAGCAUUCAGCAUGUGAGCAUCAGUUGAAUGAAUGUAUUUAAGUCCACUAUGUGACACCCUGUACACAGUCAUUGUAAAAAGACAAGCUUCUGCUUGAAUGAUGUUCGUGUUAGUAGCAGCAGAUAAUAAUGUUUCAUACUGUGUGUAGAGGCUGUUUCACAGCUUCCUCUAUCACACACUCUGAGUCUAUUAUAUCACUCUUGGGGAAAUGUAACAGAAAAACCACCAAGAGGAUGUGAUCACUUCCUCACUCCACCCUCAGCUGCUAAUGUUGAUGAUGUCUCCCUGCAACAAUGGUAUGUUUCUCCAUAAGAGGAAUGCUUUCAUUCUGCAUGAAUCACUGCAUGUAUAUGUUUCCUUUUUGCAUCUUUUGACAUAAUAAAAAUAUUUGAUUCUUGUUGAAUG